UACAUUCAGGCUCUCACGUUUGCACGCAUACACAACUACACGCGCGCGGUCGAGCUCUCCUACAGCACACGCACACACGGAGGGACGAGUCAGUCGGGUGCUUUUCCUCAAACCCUGAUCAUCGAUUCUUUCCUCUCCAAUCACAACACGGCCAGUGCGCGUGCGCCAACACUCAUCUCUCACGUGCAUGCGCGGUGCCGUAUGGUCGCUGUUUCUACCAAAGACUCCUUGGACUUGCCUGGAACCUGGGCCCAACUUCACACCCGCUGCUGCACGUCACGCCACUCCGCACGUCACGCCGCUCCGCACGUCACGCCCUCCGCAAGCAAGUCUCCGCCACAGCAACCCUCACACCUGGCGCCCUCUGGGUGCGAAGAUCAGUUUCCAAGAGCAGACGCCGCAGACUCUGGACGCCGGUUUGCAAAAAAGACUUCCGCAACAAAACUACCCGAGCUUUGUGGGGUGCGUGAGGAUUCUCGAUAAAAAUAUUUGGCAUUUUUGGGAGUCAGUGUGUGGUUAGAAGAAAACAACGGAAACUGCAGGAUUGUACUGAGCGAGCAAAGUCAGAACUCGAUGGACUGUGUGACGUGAGUGAAGCCAUUGUCCACCUGAUGGUGAGCAAAGAGUGACGGGAUGUCACACAAAGUACCUUUAUUGUAGCCAACCUCCUGACAAAGUGUGUGACAUCACACCUGUGGAACUAUGUCGAGAUGAGGAGACUCUUGCAAUAUGAACAAAGUGUGAACUCUUUCACACAUUCAAUGUGACAUACAUGGGGAAUGUCUUUUUCAAGUCACGUCACAAGUACGGGGAAUGUGUCUUGGAGUCACGUCACACAUCUAGAGUCAGGUGCGAUGGUGAAACAUAGAUGACGUGGAGAUGCCGUCACAAACAUGUUGUCACCCACAUAAACUCAGGAAGAGACAUGCAUCAGGCUUUCACAGACCAAUGAAGAUGUGUCCACCUUGAGGACAACCACGAAGCCUGUCAGACUUUGAUUUGUAAAAAGUCGCGGACCCCAGUUGCGACUCUGAAGCCCACGAUCAGACAUCACCUCAACCCUCAGCUCAGCCAUCUUACGGCAUGCUCAUGUCCUCAUGGAUGACGGUAUCAUGAUGGAUGGUUUUGACCAAAUCCAGAUCCUUCUUCCCAAAGCUCACGGACUUCUGUACAACUCCAGCAGCCUGAACGAUUCCAGCCUGGAUUCCACUGACACCCGGGGUAACGUGGUGCACAACACGCUGAUAAUCUUAGCAUACUCCAUACUGAGCGCCAUCUCGCUCUUCGGCAACACCUUAGUGUGUUACGUCAUUUUCAAAAAUAAACGUUUGCACACGGCCACCAACCUGUUCAUCGCCAACCUGGCCUUCGACCUGCUGGUGACCACACUCAACGUGCCCUUCAACAUCAUUAAGCACAUUCUGGUGGAAUGGCCGCUCGGCAACACUCUGUGUCACCUGGUCACCUUCUCCCUCAUGCUGUCCAACUACGUGUCCACCUUCACGCUGACCGCCAUCGCCCUGGACAGACACCGGGUGGUCCUCAAGCCGCUGUCUCCUCGCAUGUCCAAAACUAUGGCCGCUGGCAUCCUGGUAGUCAUCUGGGUCAUCGCCAUCUUGCUGUCCUUGCCCUACGGUAUUUACUUCUCGCAUCGUGGAGAGUAAAUUGUCGACGUGGAUAACCCUAUCUUGCGAACAGUUCGCCGUUGCCGGGCAGCGUACCCGCCUCCCAGCGAUCAGUUCCACACGUACCUCACCGUCACCACCGUCAUUCUGCAGUACUGCGUUCCCUUGACUCUAAUAGGGGUGGCCUACGGUCGAAUCGUGCAGAGCCUGUGGUCUCGCACCCACGUGGGCGCCGUCACAGCCAAUCAGCAGAUGUCUCAGGGCGCCAAGCGCAAGUCCAUCAAGCUGCUGAUCGCUGUGGUGGUGGUCUUCACGCUCUGCUGGCUACCACUCAUCCUGUAUCACCUGCUAACGACCCUGCAUCCAAACACGGAGGUGUUCAGCUACAACAUCAACGUGUACUUUGCCUGCCACUGGUUCGCCAUCAGCAGCACCUGUUUCAACCCCUUCGUCUACUGCUGGAUGAAUGAGAAUUUCCGGGAGGAGGUCAAAUCCCGCUUCCGGUGCUGCUUCCGCCAUCCUCUGAAGUACCUGCCAGGUGUGAAAAGAGCCGGGCUGGGCAGCGCAGGUCCGCGACGUCAGCGGCAGGACACGAGCAUCACGAGGUCCAGCGUGCGCAGCUCCGCCAACAUGCACAGCGUGCGCCGUGACGUCACGCUGCUGUCGGAGCAGGAGGACAUGAUGUCACACAAGCAGUCGGACGGCUUCAUGGUGGCCGAGUCAGCAGAGCGUGACGAGGAAGUACAGGACCUCCUGUCGAUGUAUGGAAACGGACGGGUAGAGUACCACAUCUCGUCAGCUCACAACUGCAUCAAAGGGUAAGACACUCUGGAGGUCAGAGGUCACUUGGACAGAGAGAUGAGUAGACAUCACACUGCGACUAGGCUUUCUGGCUUCGUGGAUAAGCAGAGCGUAAAGAUGAAAAAAAAAAUACCUCGAUGAGGCCUGAUGACAAAGAGGUGAUUAGGGAUGCCGAUGAAGAAAAUUGGGAGGAAAAGUAAAGCAGUCUCGACUAAGCAGACGAUGCAGACAAAAGUAUCUGGCUUACGUGUGCAAAACGCACAAAAUGAAGUAUUUGGUAUUCAGCAGCUCACAAAGAGAGAAGCUUUCCUUUUAGAGGAAAUGAUGGUUUCUUCUUUGUUGUCAGUAUUCAGCACAUUCGCUAUUGCAGGCUGAAAGUGUUUAUCAUUUCCUGUCAUCUCUACGGACUGUCUUCAGCUCACCUCAGGUGGAAAUGGCGAAAGGAAGUCAGGCAGAGCAGAUCGACAGUCUCCUUUGUGAGGGAGAUAUAGAGGGCUACACCUCUGUGAACAGACAUUUGUACACGGUCCGAUGCACCCGACAAACGAGCUGAUGUCACAAAUGUAGUUUGAUAAUCGCGGGUACUUUGUGUCGGGGAAUAUUCUCGUUUAAAGUGAGGGAAGACACCUCAAGUCUCGGUUUUCUCGACCAGUGAGCGCUCGUCAAGGGACUUGUAAUAAAAUAUGUGACGAACAUGUGACGGUAACUGAACUUGAAUACAUCAGAUGUUCAAGCUGUGUGACAGAUGUGUUGUUUACAUGUAACAUGACUUAAACAGUUCGGUCUUUACACAUGUUGCUCAUGAUAUUUCCCACAAAUGAUAAGCCCUCGGGGAAAAUAUGAAUGGAUGAAGAUUAUUAGCUCGGAGUUUUAUUGACAUGUUAAUAUUUGCUGGUAAUUUAUUUGUUAAUGAAGUUUCUGAAGGUAUGUAAUUAAUCUUUGCUGUGAGAAAUGAAAAAAAUAUGUGUUAUUUAUUUUGUUUUAAUGUUACUGAUAACUGCUGUAAAGACACAGAGUGGAUCUGUACACGUUUGUUGGCAUUGCCAUCAAGUACAGCUGAUUAUUUAGGUGACUUUGGUAUCAAGACUUCGUCUCAGUGAAAUGUUUUGUGUUGUAUAAUAUAAAGCUUGUGGGAAAAAGACUGAGCUCAAGUGCUCGGUAAGAGAAAGAAAACACAAAAGGCAUCACAGGAAACUGUGUGUAAACUCAAAAUACAACGGACACUACAGGCUUUUUCUAAGGAAUAGUCGUUUAUCGCUCAAGUAAACAGAAUACGCGGAGUGUCUUCAUGCACCUGACAAAUCACAUCGUUCCCUAGUAAAGGAUUUAUAUUAUUUAAGUUUUCUGUAGCUUUACGAAAUAAGCACACACCAAGUACAAUAUUUACACAAACUGCUUAGCGACCCAAAGUAAGACCUUAACACAAACAGAGUAACUGCAGCAUAAACUUCGCUUGACAUCUCACCAAACAAGUGAACGAAUAAAUGACUGUGACUGUCAUUGUGAAUGUGAAUGUGAAUGAUCAGCGUCUGCCCCCUAGCGGCCGCUCUUCUCCUGUAAAGCGUGUAUCGCGUCUUAGGUUGAACCACUCACUUCACCGCAGACAUAAAUAGCAACUUCCGGUCGCCCUUUCACUGCACUUCCGACUCCACCAACCAUAGUCGAGAAAGUGAAGACAAAGUCUGAAUAGUCCUCUCCUCUCUACUUCUCUGUCCUCUCCUCUCUACAGUCCUCUCCACAGUCCUCUCCUCUGUCCUCUCCUCUCCACAGUCCUCUCCUCAAUCACUAGUGUGUACAAGUCUCACACAGGAAGGAGAGAGAGAAGGGAGUUGGGAUUGUGUGCAGGGACCUGACACUACAUGACUUCUCAAAUAAAAGACAAAUCAUCAUAAGACUGUGCUUCUUCUCAGGAAUCAUCACACAUCGUUUGUAGUGCCUGGCAGAUUUUAAACUGUUUUGUUUAUUCGUGUGCUGAGCUGUUUGUUUGGUUGGGCGACGGCUGUGAUACUGUUUAUUUGAUUGUUCUUUCAGGUAGUUACCUUGUCAUCUUGUAAAACAAAGCAGAUAUGGAGCGUUGAUUGCAUUAAGUACAGCGCCAUUAUCAGGAGAGUAAUAAAACCUAGAAGUGAGGAUUUAUUUGAUUAAAUACAAUGAAACAUGGGGGAAGAUAGCCGAAAAAAAAGAAGAAAAAAGCAUUCAUUUGAUCAACCAUAAUGAAAUUGCCAAGAAACUAGAAAACAGAAAAGAAAAGGCUACCUGAAUGAGUGGAAGAAUGAAUCAGAUAUGGAAGCAAUAAAAAAUAAAAAUAAAAUAAUAAACACAACCGCAAAGAGGAAGGAAUUAUGGAAGACAUAAAGAAACAAGUAAAAGAUUGUAUCCCUUUAAUAUGCUUCAAAUAACAGGUUACUUUUCUUUUCUCUUUCUGACAGGGAGGCUAACUUGCGGUGAUGUACUUUAGUUGCUGCCAUUCCCACCCUCUCUCUCUCUCACACACACACACCCACACGUGUGCAUGCGCGCACACAAACGGAGAGAGAGAGACAGACAAACUGACUCAAUGUUCCGGCAGGUAGACACGCAUACAAACUUUAUGUACUUGAAUGAACAACAGGCAGAAUCCUUGUUUUGUUUUAUUCUUUAAUUCCAUCUGAAGUCUGCUUCGCCUAUUUCGAUGUGCAUUAUGAUGUGAAGUCUUUGAAGUGCACUUCACGCAUUUUUUGAGACUUGCCUUUUAUUUCUUUGUUUUAUCCUUGGGUUCAUUUCUUUUCUUCAACUUCCAUUUCAUUCUUUAGUUUUCAUUAACAUCUUUUUUUUAAUUCAAUCAAAAUUUAAUUUCUUCGCCUUGUACAUGUUGUACAAAAAUAUUUUGUUUUUCUAUUGCCAUUAUGUUAUUAUUUGUGCGACAAGUUUAUAAAAUACCACCUCCCAGAGCUCAUAAAAGAAAUGUUGUCGUAGCAGAACAGACACCUCGUUAGUACCCACCAUCUCCUCCUACCUCACCACCUCCUUUGAUGACUGAUGUCGUUUGUCACACAUGAAAGCAGCCAGCAGACAAUCAUGGCAAUCCUGACUCAUAUUUCGGUGAUUCUUCUGUCUCCAUAGUUACAAGGGAGCCAUAGUCUUGAUGUCCUUUGUGAUAGGUCAUUACAAGAAAUGAUUAUGGAACAUCUUGCUGUUGGUUUUGUUUGAUACAGCUGUUAAGGGAAGUAUAAUUGCUGUCCUAAAAGGACAAAUAAAAAAAAAACAAAAAGCAAAAAAAAAACAAAUAUGGAAGAAAAAGCCUUAGAAAAGAAGAAACAGAGGGCAGAGUAAUUGUUUCCAAAUCUCCUAUGUGUUUUGGAUAAAUGCAAAGAAUGAAUGGCAGAUGCUCUUUUAAAAUGGUCAGCACACAGACAAACACACAGUCGAAAUGCUUUGUAAACUUUGUAAAAUGGUCAGAAGGACAAACAAGCAGUACACACAACUACUAACCAGGACUUUCCCAAGCCAAUACAGUGAAGGAUGCUGGAGUGUGUGACGAGAGCACUCCUACACAAACUUUGUUUCACAGUCUGUGGCCGAUGUCUCCAUACUUGUCCUGUUUUGUGAAGCAGUCAUGUUGGAUACAUGUUGUAUCAACACCGUGUCAGAGCCUGGUCGGCAGCUAACCUUUAACCUUUAGCUCGUUGUCGUGCUUGAGUAGUCACGUGGUUUUGUGCUUUCGUGAAAUGAUUUAUUCUCGGCUUUGGACUACGUUUCUCAACUUGCAUGAAACUUGAUUGAUUGCGUCUGUCUGUCUGUCUGUCUGUCUGUCUGUCUGUCAGUGUGUCUCUCCUCUGAGUAUCAUUAGCUACACAAUGGUGAUGUGGUGGCAACAUUCUUGACAACAUACACAGUGAAUGAUGACCCACCUUUGCCCCUGUCUGAAGAUGUGAUGACAGCCAUUGGUUCUUUCUCUUGUCUUCUAUGAGUUUGUAUAACUGAUCGUGAUUUUGCAUUGUUGCCAACCUUACCAACUGCUGUCUGAUUAAAGUGUCAAAAAGAAUGAAGUAUAAAGCCAAAAUGAGAGAAUGUCAGUAAUCAUUUUACAAUCAGAUUUUGACAAGAUAUUAUUUGCAUGUGGACUAUAGGCUGCAAAUAAAAGGGAAAGGAGAAGAUCCCCAGUGGACUGGCAAAAAGAACAUUUCUAUUUUGGAGUUUAGCCUACACUUGCUUCUACACUUCUGGUUCCUAGCUUUUUAAUUUCUGGCUCACUUUUAUGUUCACUUAAAAAGUCCCAGGCAUUUGUAAGGAAAUGUCUUUCCCCCAGGUUUUGGUGAGUGCUGUGUAGUGUCUUUGUUACUUAAUGGAAAUGAUUGCAGCUCACUAGAUGAUUUCAGAAUUUUUUUAAUCGGUCUGGUAGAAAUCCUGUAUUCUUCUUCGAAAUCAGACGAAUGUCCCCGCACAGAAAUGGAGAGUAGGCCUUUGCCUUUUGGGUUUUUGCGAUUGAAUUCGGCAGUCAAUUUAGAUAUUGCGUGCAUACCAGCCCAUUUCCGGAGUUUUUCAAGGAUGUGACAGCCUUUCAGACUUUGACAGAUGGAAGUUUAAAAAUCUGUCCACAAGAUGUCUGUGGCCAAACAAUGAAAACCAGAAGUGGUCCCCCACCCCUGUCCCUAACUGCUGCUGUUUCCAGAAGAUAGCCAGGGGAGACCUCCUGAACUUGUCCUUCGCUAAAUGCUCAGCAUGGCAAAGAAAGGGUUUCUGUGUGUAUCAAGAACUUUCUCUGGCAGGCACAAUCAAAAGAAAUACACGGAGGUAUAGCUUAUCUAAUGUCAGCAAGAUGACGAUCAAAGAACGAUUGCAAGAGUAUGCCUCUGUAUUUUUGGUGUAGAGGGUUUGCUGUGAACAUGACACUGAUGCCCAGUCUUUGAUUCUGUGCCUAAGCCUCCAGGUAACCCGACCCCACACUCAGUUGUACAACAUCUUGAAGUUGAGAUUCAGUUGAGCCAUCAUAAAGCAACAUCAGGACAUCCUUUGAUCAGAAGUGAAUUACUGUGACUUUUGUUACUAUUGAGUUACUGCAUGAAAUUCCUCCAUUUAAAGCAACAGAAAUAAUUUCUGAGUGACAGUAAAAGAGGAGGAUAAUAGAUGAAACAGGCGAAAGAAGAAAUAAUAAGCAAUGUGGUCUAGGUGCACCUCCUACGCUGAUGUUGGUCAUUAGUAGAUAUUGCGGGUACAUUCUACCCGGGUGGCUUGCUUUCAAUGAUCCACAAAUAUUUUACGACCUUUGUCUUACUCGUUUAAUAAAGGCGCAGGAGGUGGCUGGACUAUGAGACAGAAGACAGGAACAGGUUAAAGAAGAAAGGUACAAAAACAAGAAAAGGAUGAGAGAAAUGGAUUAUUUUCAUGCUGAAUUAAUUACAGAGAUGUUGCGUGAUUUCUAAAAGAGAUUUGUUUGAACAGUGUUUGCUUUAGAAGAGAGCAUACAAAGGAUAAAAGAUUAUUUUAAUAUUGUCAGAUAUCCAUAAAUCGUUUUUAACAUGGUUAUUGUUAUUACAUGUACUUCGAGCAUUCCAGACCGAAUUGUUUUCUUAUGGAUACCUGUGAGAAUAGCUGAUUGCAAGAUUUGACAUGUGUGUGAUAUUGCUUUAAACUAAUUACUGCUAACUAUUAUUUUGAACAUUAACUUUUUCUUUUAGUCGCCAAAACUUAAAUCUUUUGUGCGUAAAUCUGUCAGGAAAACAAGCAUUUUCUGUUGGAGGUACCCCGAAAGUAAACAAGGGUCGAUGCCAAAAUCACAAGCUUGUUUUCAUUCCUGGAUCUGUUGGGUUUUCCUUUUUUUUCUUGUCCUCACUUUCUUGACUGGUGCAGUUUGGACAAACACAUUAGAGUGAAAUGAUUUAUACCUUCACAUUUUGUUAUGCUGUACAGUAAGUUGUUAUAAUAAUAGUGGGCAAGAUAAUUGAAGAUAAUGAUAGCGAAGACAGCUACACGAGGAAUAGUGAACAAGAAAUAAAAACUCAAGCUAAUAGUUCAUGAAAACACUGACGGGUUAACGCCUCUUGUGAUCAUUUGAAGCUGAUGUAUUGAGGAUGAGGACGAUAACGGGGAAAAAAAGAGAACUGAAAGUCUGACGCCAGUAAAAAGACAAGGGGCGAUAAUUAUGCUCGUGUCAUUUGAAUUGUUUGUGUUCACGAAGUGGAGAGAAGCCUCUAAAGUUUGGCAAUGCAAUCUAAAAUAUAAAACUUCUUCUCUCUCUCGCUCCACCUUGAGCUCCUCCUCAAUCUAUUUCCACAAGGCAGAUGUCGCUGUUGCUACAUCUUUGCUAUCAACAUCUCAAAUUCAUGAAUUGAAGGGGAGUGAUGUAGCUUGGCGAGGCACUGAGUGAAGACCAGUAGCCCUGGACACAGUUGGAGGACAGUUGAUGGCUGCCAGCUCUACUGAGACCACAGACAGAGUACAAGGGCCGUUACUAUCCUACUGUGCUUACUUCAUCCAGGACCAUGCAAGGAGAUGAGUGGGGAUCACACUACCUCAUUGCCAAGGGAUCGACGUGGAAAAAAGGUUUUAGCACAUACUGGGGUGUCACUUCAACUAUUUAUUUGUCUAUUCAGAGCUUGAUGUUAUCCUCAUUGCUCAAGGGAGGGUUUGGGGGUUAGAGUCCUUACGAUUUUGUAUUAGUUUCCUUCGAUGAAUAUUUAAAUGAUUUUAAAGGAAUUAUUAGCUGCGUGUGGGAGACAUUGGUUUUGUAUUUCUGUACUUGUAAUCUUUUGCUAACCCAACCUUAAGUUCACACAUAGAUAGAGCAUUGCAUGUUGAAAGUGACGGUACAUAUACGGUCCUUACUGACUCUAGGGACAGUCAACUACAAGUAGUUAGCCGAGGUUAGCUGUGGUUAGCCGUGGUUAGCCGUGGUUAGCCCAAUUAAGGACGCGGCUUUGGAAGCCGGAACUCGAAGAUUUGGUUUCCUGUCUGCCUUAUGCUACUUUCUUGUCACAACAAACAAUAACCUGAAUGUCAGUGUAUCUCGCAUGUUUUCUGUCGUUUUGUGCAAAUCUUCAAAACUUGGCUUUGUCAACAGUUGCAAAGUCAACUGCUAUUUUACAAAUUUUGUUGUUGAUGUUUUACCGGUUGUCAUCAUUGGCGAGAGAAAAGGCGACGACAAUGGUACUAAGUAGACAUCUAUUUAAUGAUGAAACAAUAAUCAAGACAACUGUUACAGAAAUAAAAUGCACAAAUUGGAUUUGGUUUUUUUUAUUCGUUGUCGCAAGCAUGAAGGCAGAAAGU